GCCCUAGAGAGACAGAAAGUUUACUUUGACUGCAUUAAGAAUGAGCGAGAUGAGCUCAGAGAGGAGUUGGCUGACCUGAAGGAAGCAAUGAAGAGAGGAGAGAAACACGGAUUAGUUAUAAUUCCAGAUGGCACACCAAAUGGUGAUGUAAACCAUGAAUCAGUGGUUGGUGCAAUAACAGUUGUAUCACAGGAAGCUGCUCAAGUCUUGGAAUCUGCAGGAGAAGGACCACUAGAUGUCCGGCUACGAAAACUGGCUGGAGAAAAGGAGGAGUUAUUGUCCCAGGUUAGAAAACUGAAGAUGCAGUUGGAAGAAGAACGACAGAAAUAUUCUAAAAGUGAUGGCAUGAAUCCAGAUAUCAUAGGCUUAGAGAAUGGUUCUGACUUGCAGCUAAUUGAAAUGCAGAGAGAUGCCAACCGACAAAUUAGUGAAUACAAAUUUAAGCUUUCAAAAGCUGAACAAGACAUAAUGACCAUGGAACAAAAUAUUGGACGACUUGAGGGGCAGGUUACAAGGUAUAAAAAUGCAGCAGAAAAUGCAGAAAAAGUAGAAGAUGAACUCAAAGCUGAGAAGAGGAGGCUUCAGCGAGAGUUAAGAACAGCACUGGAUAAGAUAGAAGAGAUGGAGUUGACCAAUAACCACUUAAUGAAAAGGCUGGAGAAGAUGAAGGCAAACAGGACUGCGCUUUUAUCUCAACAGUGAAGUGAAAAUUGGAAAUACAAUGCACUGCUCCUUGAAUAACUAGCCCCUAGCUUGUUUUUAAAGACAGACUUUCAUUGGCACAAACUGUUUGAACACUGAGCUGUUCGUUGGUGUUUUGGUUUUAUAAUUAAAUGGCAUCCUUCUUUUUGUAACUUAUGAGAGAAUGAAAUGUAGUUUGAAUUCCCACGUGAAUGACAGCAGUUUUUCUGUAGCGUUGGAUUCUAGAGUCAGAGCUGGAGCACAAUGCUGUAUAUUCUUCUUAGCGACAGAAAAUGUUUUUACAACUGUGGAAUCAAGUUUACUCACGAUCUCUUUUGGCUGCUUUAAUGAUGCUUGAUGCUUGGAGACAACUGCAUGAAUUCCAGAAGACACUGUUUUACUGUAUUGUAAACUAACGUAUAUUUGCUCGAGACAUCACACAGCACAAGUGCCUUUUAUCUGGUGCAAUUUAGACUUCCAUUUUUGAAAUAACCUUUGAAAUCAGAUAACAUUUUAUUUUAAGAUACAUUUGGGGUAUUCACUAAACUUUAUACAUUUUGAAAAUGCAUUUUUGUAAAAUAUUUAAAUUUAUAAGAAAAUAGGGACUGUAUAUAAAAAUCUGCUUUUUUGCAUGGGCACAUCUGAGUUCUAGGUAAUUUUGUCAAAUAUUAGCCCCUGAUACUCUUAGUACUAAGAGUGCAGAUUUAAAAACUU